CAUUCAGAGAAAUUCCUGUUCGGUGAAGGAAGGAUUACAUUGACCAGACAUUACUGCAAUAGAAAGAUUCAUCAUGCCACACUACAAGCUCAUGUAUUUCAAUCUGAGAGGAAGAGCAGAAAUCAUUCGCUAUCUGUUUGCCCAUUCAGGCAUAAAGUACGAGGACCACAGGAUAGAACAAGUUGACUGGCCCAAAAUCAAACCAACUAUCCCAUUUGGAAAAAUCCCCAUUUUAGAAGUGGAUGGAGUUACCCUUCAUCAGAGCCUGGCCAUAGCCAGAUACCUAGCCAAAGAAACAGGUCUGGCCGGUCAGACACCUCUAGAACAAGCUCUGGUUGAUGCCAUUGUGGACACCAUUGACGACUUCAUGUCACUGUUUCCCUGGGGAGAGAAAAAUCAGGAUGUGAAACAACAGACAUUUAAUGACCUCCUCACUAAUACAGCUCCUGGACUACUACGAGAUUUGGAUCGUUUCUUAGGGGAUAAUAAGUGGCUGGUUGGGAAAUCUGUAACCUGGGCUGAUUUCUACUGGGAUGUGUGCAGUACAACACUUCUGUUCCUUAAGCCUGGCCUGGCAGAUAACUACCCUAAACUUUUGGCUCUGAAACAGAGAGUACAAGCACUUCCUGCUAUUGCAGCCUGGAUUCAGCAAAGACCAAAGACUACACUGUAGAUCAUCUUUUCUGGUUUUGAAGAACAUGUUUGUGUGUAUUUUUUAACAUAACCCCAGCACCUCUAAUUUCUUCUAUUACUAAUUUACAAAAAUUAAGACAACUCAAUGCCCAAUUUGAUCCAGUCUAUUACACCUGCUUGGAAAACAUCAGUGGACAGAUUAAAUUCUUCCUCUUCUCUGUUUCUCACUAGGUUUCAGGGGUAAAGAGAACAGUUGUCAAUGGGGAACAAGUUUCCAAGAACUUGGCCUUUAUUUUUAUGCAUGUGUAAUGCUGCAAGAUGAAGAUUAAAUUAAACACUGUUAUAACUGAUUAUAAAAUGGACUAAAAAUACACCAGACUGAUUUUUUUCCCCUGUGACUAUAGCAUGGAGAUUUAUACUAAGAAUACAUUUCAAUAAAUGUUUAAGCGUGCAAUGAUUAUUUACUAUAUCUCUCAGUGACUGAUUAUUGCUUUUCUACAGUGAAAAGCACACGAACAACAAUUUAACUCUGUUUAUGAAAGAUGAAUGGAAAAGUGGACAUGGUAGACUGGGAAUGCUAUGGUGAGUUUGGACACUACCAGCACUUUACAUCACUCCCUCCAUGUUCAGAGAUUUAAAAUACAUCAAUUCUGAAACUGAUCAGUCCAACUCUGCUUUCACUGCACUUUCCAGAGAAACAUGUUGGGGAGGGAGAAGAGACAAUAAGGAAAGUUUCAGGGACAGAAAUUGUCUUGACAGUACUAUUACACAUCUUUAUGAUUGACUAUCUCAAUGUGAGCGGUAGUAGAACUAGUUCAGAGAUGGAGGAAAGGGAAGGGACACAGAGCAAAACAAACCAUCAGUGUGGGUGGAGAAAACUGCAGGAACCCAGAUCCCUGGGGGUUCUGUUGAAAUGUGUUGUGUGUGUAGGUAACAUUGGUUACCUUUUGAAAGGCAACCAACUUUACCUCUCUGCUCCCCUAAAUGAAACUCGCAUACAAUGCUGCAAGUGGAAGCUGCAGUAGCCAAGAUUUUGUUGAGCAUUGGAUGGCACCAACAGACACCUCUCACCCCAAGGGUACACCAUGUACCUAUCUAAUGAGUGGGGGAAGUGGAGCUAUAAAAGGAAGGGCAAGGCAGGGAGUAGAGAGAAGAGCCAGCAAAAGCAAAGAAAAAAAAAAGUGAAACAAGUUUGAGAGAGAGACAAGGAAAAGGAUAGAAAAGCUGAAGUAAAAAGAACAGAUACAAUAAGAUGGCAGCAAUCAGUGUGAAGAAGGGGGCACACCCAUUUAUCAGUGCAACCCAAGAUGGGGCUCCAACAGAAGUUGUGAUACUGAUAUGCACAAUGCCUUUUACUUGGCAUUUGACAAAGAGGAGUUAUAUACUCAUUCUACCCAUGUGGAAACUGAGAUAACUUAAAUUACUUACCUGAAGUUACACUAUUUGGCAGAGUGGAGAACAGAAUCCAUACCUUGUGGCAUUCAAUCCCCUGCUCUAAUCCUACACUCGCAAUUUGUUCUCACUAUCCCCAAUUAGUUAUCUUCAGAAAAGUUGAGGACCAAUUAUUCCUCUCUGUUCUCCCAUCUUUCUGCCAGUUUAAUAUUGCAGGCCACAGAAUCCACAGAAUAACCACUCACUAACUUCACCGUACUGAACAAAAAACAGAUGCAACAAAAACUACAAUUUUGAGCCUGCCUAAAGCAGUCUGACUCAAUAGGCAGUAAACUGAAGAGAUAAGUAAAGACAAGCAUGAAUGAAAGCCUUAUUUCUCCUACAUAUCAGUGGUGCCACAGCUGAACUAAAGCUGAAUUCUUCUUCAGAGCUAAAUCUUUCCUCAGCACUUGUUACUAUUCAUUUUGGAAUCUGGUAAAUUAGAUUAAAGUAACUACCUUGGAACUGUCCUAGAGAUUCCUUAAUCUAGUUUGUGCUUUAGAUGACUACAGACUGGAGAGCCAGUUCCUUCAGAGAAAGCCUCAUUUGUACUACUUCUGUACUCCCACUUUAGUCUUCUCCUGGAAAACGUGAAGCUCAGUUUUUUCUGUCAGUGGCAGGUUGUGUUCUCUUGUUUAAUUCCAGGACUAAAGAAAAGACAUAGUAGGUGUGACAGAGCAGGGCAGGGCAACCUUAUUGCAGGCAAGAAACAAGCCAUACACCUACUUCAGUUUCCUCUUCAGCCACCCACACAAAGGAAUAUUGUCUCUAUUAGGAGCAAACCACAGAUUCAAACCCUUUUAGUCAUAUAAAGAACCACAGUCCACAGAUCUCUUGCAGUAAACACAAAACACAUCAAAAAACUGACAAAACAAUUCCUCUCAAACCCUCAAAGUAAAACAAGGCUGUAACAGAGCAGCUCUUUAAUACCAUUAGGAGGUCACUAUCCCUGGUCACCAACCUGAGAGUCAUGAACUACUCUGUCACAGUUACUUAAUCCCUUUUCCAGGGCCUCUCUCUCCAGGUCUCCUAUCCAAGAGUUCCAAGAAUCACUUUUUUCCCUUAAGUUUUUUCCCAUAGCUUCAAGUCAGCUUUCCUGCAAGAACCUCCCUACAGAAUUUAAUUCCCCCAGGCCUCCCUUGCUUAGGGGAACCUUCCUCCUGGGCUCCUCUUGCAGCCCACCACACUAGGUCAUCUGCCAAAGGGCUCCCUGUAGUGUUACACUUUCCAGACCUCCUUGAAUGUGAGUCCUACUCCUGCUCCCCAGAACAUCCCUCUGAAGUCAACCCUUACUUCUGGGGCCAGCUUUAUACUGACCAUGCUGGUUCUUCUUCUCAUUCCUAGGGGCCACUGCACCAGCCUUCCUUCAAUUUGGCAGGGUUCUCCAGCUCUAAUCUGUCCUUCAGCCAUUUCCUUUGAACUUAUCACCAGCAGCUCACAGUUACUGCUCUCCUUGAGCUUUCCUGCAGCUCUUUCCCUCAGGGAAUUCUCUGCUGCUCUUUGUCUGGCCUCUUUUCAUGCCUCUCAUCUGCUCUUUACUGCCUUCUCCCAGGUGCCUUCACUUAAGUCCAACUGGGAGGCAGCUGAUGAGUCUCAGGUGCACUGCAUCCCCCUUCCUCAGGCAACUACCCAUGUACAUACCCAGGAGGUCAGAUGGGAUUAGUACUUGGGUGGCUAGCCCAAACCACUGUUCAUGCAGCUGCAGUUAAAUGGCUGUUUUUAGCAUUCUACUUUGAGCAGAGGUUAUCAUGAGUAUGUCUCACCUGAACUAGGAAACUCACCUCUCAGCUGCUGUGCAGACAUACCCUUAUAGACUAGCUAAUGAACUAGAGUAAUUAUAAGAAAGGACUAGAAAUUAAGAGAGUUUUGAUCAAAAUGCUAGAAGUUUCCCUAGACAUGGAGAGGUCAAAGUGGAGGUAAAGUCCAGCCCCAACUGCAGCAAGGAAGCAAGUGAGGUGGUUGGGGCUGCAUAACAUUUUCACAACCUCCUCAGAAGAGCACUGUUUUCCAGAGGCUUCCCAAAGUUUAGGGUCAUCUUAGAUGCCACUUUAAAGAAAGAACCUUAUGCUUGUAAUCCUGUUAGGAUUCCUCUCUUUUCCUUACCUUGGUUAUUGAUCUCAUUUGUGCUCUGUUUAUAAUUAAAUCUUUGCCUUAUGUGCUUCAUUUUACACACUGAGUUGUCCCACUGAAAUCAUCAGAACUACCCAGUACUCUCAGUGCAUAAACUCUUUAUAGGAUCAUGGCCUUAUGCUGAAGUUCUAUAGGGCAGGAACUCAAUCUUUACAUCCACGUUUCUAAGCACAGUUCUUAGUGCAGUACAAAUGAAAUAUUACCAAUAUUUGAUUAAGCAAGGAGCAAUUAGAGUAGAAUAUCUGAAACUGUUUGAAAGCUGCUU